UUCUACCUUCUCAUUUCAGGUGCCAGUCGACGACGUUGCUUAAGUAUUCUAAAGACCCUUCGCGAUCGCCAUUUGGAUUUGCCCGGCAACCCAGUGACAUCGUAUCACCUUAAGACAUUAUUGUUGUACGAGUGUGAGAAACAUCCGCGUGAAAUGGAAUGGGAAGAGAAUUGUAUUGCUGAUCGCAUUAACGGCAUAUUCUUGCAAUUGAUUUCCUGCUUGCAAUGCCGUCGGUGUCCACAUUAUUUCCUGCCGAAUAUGGACCUCUUCAAGGGCAAAUCGCCAGGGGCGCUGGAAAAUGCGGCGAAGCAAGUGUGGCGUUUAACGCGAAUUAUGCUCACCAAUGCGCGUUGUUUGGAAGAAUUAUAAGAUUUCCCUGAUUUAAUUUAGUUAAUUUACAUUUAAGCGAAGCAAGUUACUUAUAAAUAUUUAGGUACUUUUAAUUUAGCUUGUAUUAAUGAAUAUGCAAAGUGGCUGAUUGAAAUGGAAAACAGCAUAAAAACUAGAUAAGUUUCUAUUUUAGUUGUUACAUAAUUAACGAAUGAAUAUUCUGGAAAAUAAAUUCAGUUCUUAGGUUUUAUAUUUGCGUGUAUGUGUAUACUGUUAAGGUACCUACCAGUGAAUAUUUAGUUCUUUUAGUAUAUAUAUUCUUUUUUUAUGUUUUUAAUUGCAACGAAGAAAGUGCCUCCGUGGCACGACGAAAACAACGCAACUGCAUUUAGCGCUUAAAGUAAGAGUAGCUUAUGUAUAAAUAUUUAAAUCAAAAAUUAAUUAUCCUUCUUGUGGGGUGCUCACUAUUACUACAUGUAUACGGUUACAAGAGUUACAUACGCUCUUAGGGCCGUUUGCACCAUGCCUGGUUAACUCUAAUUACCAGCUAAACAACUUUAUCGACGUUAUCGACACGCAGCCUAUAACAUGUGAUCGAUAAAGCAGUCGAUGUACUUAACUGAAGAGUGU